GCAAAUCAGUCGCAAAAAGUACGUCGCCAGAACGCAAAACCGAGAGACCUGGCACGCUGCAAAAUCAAAAAGAAAAUAAAGAUUUUCUAACCAACCAACAACAAACGAAAUACCACACACAAAAAAAAAAAAAUAGAUAAAUAAAUAAAUAGAAAUCAAAAUCAUAAUAAAAGUAAUUUUUAUUAUUCAAAGAGAAAAUAAAAAGGCAGCGCAAAGCGUAUCAAACUAAACGUGGUUUAUUGCAAAAGGUAGCCACAGCAACGCGUUACGGGAGCAACGAACGCCAGGAGCAGCAGCAGAAGAAGAAACAGAAGUAGAAGGAGCAGCUGAGGAAGUUUAAGAAGAAGGAAGCAAAGCACACAAAUUUACAAAGAUGUCAUGGAGAUAUGCGCUAGUCGACAGAUACAGCAGCAGCAUUGGCGAUAGAUAUAGUCCGCACUAUUAUCAGUCGCCCAGCCGCCUGGAAACCUCAGAACAGACCACAGGACGCCAGCUGCAACGUGUGCUGCACUAUUCGAUGGCUCCUUGCCGCAGUUUGCCGGGUCUGAGACGCGCCGAGUGCGCCAUACACGAUGUUGACUGUGAUGAAGUCUAUCCGGGCAUUUACAUAGGCGAUGCUGCGGCGGCUAAAAACAAAACAUACUUGAGGCUGAUGGGCAUUACGCACGUGUUGAAUGCGGCGGAAGGUUGUCGCUAUGGCCAAGUGGACACUGGACACAGUUACUAUCGGGAUAUGCCCAGCGUUAGACGCCAACAUAAGGAUUGCUUUUUUAGAUAUAUGGGAUUCCCCAUGAUCGAUGCGCCCACGACAGACAUUUCCCGUUACUUCUAUGUGGCAUCCAAGUUCAUCGACAGCGCCAUCAGCAGCGGCGGUAAAGUGCUGGUGCAUUGCCUGGUGGGAAUGUCGCGAUCGGCCACCUGCGUUCUGGCUUAUCUGAUGAUUUGCCGUAAAAUGUCCGCCGUAGAUGCGAUACGCACGGUUCGGAUGCGCCGUGAAAUUCGACCAAACGAUGGCUUCCUUCAGCAGCUCGCCGAUCUCGAUAUGGAGCUGAAGCGCAAGAAUCUUUAUCCCUAUUAAGCCACCCCCCUACGCCCUACGCCCUACCCCUGCCCCAUCCCACUCAAAACAAACUAACAAACUCCCCCUCCCAACACACACACAACCAAAGAUAAACACAAUUACACACACACAAACACUAUAGUACUGAAUAAGAGCGAGAGAGAAACACAAAUAUAACGUAUACGACGAAUACGUGAUUUGUCUUGAUAUUAAACGUUGACACACACACACACACACACACAAAUAAAUAUAUAUCCCACACACACACAAACACACACACAUAUAUAGACCACAAAAAAGCGUUGUUCUAAACUAUUUAUAAUGAAAAAGCUAACGACUUAAAGGUAACUUGGUCUUCUGCAAAAGAACCGAAAAUAAUAAAGAAAACAUUUCAAAAUACAAAACAAAACUGUUCAACUGAUCAACUGUAUAAUCAUGGCAACUAGAUAUAUAUGUAUAGUUAUAUAUAGAAUCGGCCAUACUUCCAUUUAGUGGGAAUCAAGUUACACUAGAGAAACUCCACAGCGAUACAUAGCGACCUAGGCGUUACACCAACAACAACAAUAACUACAACAAAGCAAAAACAAAAACAAAAACAAAAUUAAGAUGAGAACGUAAUCGAGCUGACAUUUAACCAUAUGAUUAAUGUAUACACACAUACAUACAUACAUAUAUAUGCAUACGUCUUUAUAUAUGUAUUCCUAUGAAAUGACUUUUUUUGUAUGCGAAAAACGAAAAAUCAAAAACCAAGAAACUCUUUCGAAUUGUGGUUCAUCUCUUCUACCCAAUCGUACAUCUAUAUAGUUAAGAUCAUACUAUAUACUACAUACAUAUACAUAUGUAUAUGUAUAUGUACUUAGGCGUUUAAGAUGAGCUGAAGAACAAAAAACCAAAACCAAAACCAACAAGAACAACACACAAUGAAACAAUGUAUAGAACACAAGUGAGAUACUAAUAUACAUAUACUAUAUAUCAUAUAUAUUGGUAUAUAUGUACUAUAUAUUGACCUUAUAUCUACAUAGAUGUAUAAACUGAUAUAUAUAUAAAAAAAGAAACAUUAAAGUAUAUAUAUAUGAAGAAAACCGUGUAUUGUAUGAUACGUAUAUACAAGCUGCGUUAUAUACACCCCCUAUAUAUAUAUAUAUAUAUUAUAUGUACUUAUAUAUACAUGCAUAUAUAUACAACUACAUGUAUAUUCAACUAUUGUACAAUGAAAUAGCAAAGCUAACUUCACAACAAACAAAGAGAUCAACAACAAACAAACAGCAACAACAUCAAUAAGAUGCAAUCGGCAAACGAACAAAACAUUAAAGUAAAUACAAAAAACAAAAAAUAAAAAUAAAACAAAACACCAAAUUCAUAUUUUCUAGAACAUGUAUGAGCAAAAAACCAAGAAAAAAAAAAAAAAAAAAAAAAACUAAACUAAAAACCAAAAA